AUGCCGGAGACGGGAGACGUGGAUCGUCAGAUCGAGCAGCUGAUGGAGUCCUUCUUUGCCAUUGAAAACAGUCAUUCUUUUAGUGAUUGGUUGGAUAUACGAAGAGAAGCGACUAGUGUUUGUACUGAGAAUUAUGAUCGAUGCGGUUGGGGGAUAUCUCCUCGUGGAGCAGGCUACACGUUCGGUCAAGAUAUCGCUACUCAGUUUAACCACACCAAUGGACUCAGCCUGAUUUCAAGAGCACACCAACUUGUCAUGGAAGGUUAUAACUGGUGCCAAGAAAAGAACGUUGUGACUGUGUUUAGUGCCCCGAACUAUUGCUACCGAUGCGGAAACAUGGCUGCGAUUCUAGAGAUAGAUAUGCGAGAACAUGGACCAGAACUUCCUUCAGUUCGAUCCAGCCCCGCGUCAAGUCGAACCUGA